AUGCAUCAACAUGUUUCUCGAGCCCUAUGCAGAGGGCAAAACUACCUCUCUCAAUCAAACAUCUACAGAACCACAGUCAUCCAACCUUCCAACCUUCCAACCUGCCGGUUCGCCUCCUGGUCACAAUCAUCACGAUCCCUCUCCACCACCGCCGCCACUAAACCCGCUCGCAGCUACACACCCGUGAGCCGCGCUCCCACGCCUCCUCCGACGAAAUCACCAGAAGAGCUGGCUGGCGCUUCCUACAUCGUUCGUCGCACACCUUCAAUACAGCUUCCAGUAUACAGACGAUUCGCGUCGGGAGGAAACCGCGAAGUGGUGUUGAUAAAAAAGGUGGAUGGUGACCGGAAGAAACUGCUAGAAGACUUGGUAGAGACUCUCGGAGUGAGCAAGCAAGAUAUCAGACUUAAUCCAACGACACAGCAUAUCGAGCUGAAGGGUGAUUAUUACGAAAAGACCAAGUCUUGGCUAUUAGAGCGUGGAUUCUGA